AUGCGACCGCGCAAACUGCGUCAUCGGCCUUCUGAUGAACUCAUCGAUAUUCGUGAAAGGUGAAUUGACUGCUCAAACUGGUUUUGAUCGUCGAAAAUUGUUGAUUUUCAGCGUUUAUGACGGGGAGAAUCGGUAAUUUGUGCUCUUUUUAGUUCGCGUUUUGCUGCAAUUUUCAGUUUCUAAUCUUCUUCCUAACCAAUCACUGUAUCUCAGUUGCCUGUAGAGAUAUGACAAAGUGGCAAACUGAUGAAAUGUACACAAUUUUCUGAUGAACAUUUUGCUAGUUGACAACUUUUUCAUAUCUCCACCGGCAGCUGAGAUAUACUGUCUAGACUAGACUGUGCCGUAUCCACAAGUGGGUUUUUAGGCAAUUUUUGAGUUGAGUUCAAUUCCUAAUAGAAAAAAUAGUUUAAACACAAGGAUACAAUUAACAAUUUGGCCGCGCGAACAGUCAAAAUUCCACCACAAUUUUGUCCCAUUUCGCAGAGGACUUCCAUGGCUGUUCUCGGUGUUCGUCGUCCUUUUUCUGCUGCUCACCAUCCUCCUCUUCUACUUUAUUCUCACGACGCGCAACAUUUAUUUGUCGCAGCGAAAAGAGUUGGAAGAUGUGAAACGGGAAGAAGCGGCCGCACAGAAACAGACGGUCAGUGACGAAGAGACGUGGAAAGCGGAAGAAGAAGAAGAAGAAGAAGAAGAGGAACGCGAAAUGAUGAGAAGACGGAAAGGGAAGAAGGAGAAGGAGAAGGAGAAAGUGCACGUGGAUGUGAGUUUGGAGAUCUGAAUCUGAAAUCAGCGAAAGUUUGAGUCCAUUUCAGAUUGUUCCGAUUGUGAAUCGAAAGACUGGAGAGCCGGAUAAAGUAAUUGAGCUCACUUCUACUUCCACCACACAAGAGGUACAGAAGAUACUUCAUUUUUCUAGUUGACAACUUUUAACGCUCAACUAGUUCCAACUUCCAGACGUUACAGUAGUCUUGGGAGUGGUUGUACGGGAAAAGUGUCAAUUGAAAAAAUGAUUUUCACACCUAGAUCUCUAUUUCUCUAGUUGAUCACUUUGCUGUACGACUACUCGUUGGGUUACUGUAGCUCGUGGAUGUUAAGGCGAGUUGAACGCCUCUCUAUUUGACUGUAAACUUCCAAGAUCUACAGUAACUCAAAUAAUGUUUGUACAACGAAAAGAUCAACUAGAAAAGUGAACAGCUAGUUGUGAAGAAUUGACAAAAACGUUUAGCCAACAACAACAAUACCAACUACAACCUCAACCACCACCACCACAACUACCAGUACAACUGAAGAACCGACAACUACAACACUUCCGUUGACGAGCACAGAUGCUCCAAUCGAAGAAGAAGAAGAAGAACAGUUCCCGACAAUAGAAACACCUCGGCAAGAGAUGGAAGGAUCCGACGAAGAAGAAAAAGAAGAAGAAGAAGAGGAAGUGAUGGUGGAGUUGGAUGACGAUAACAUUGAUGAUGUGCAAGUGGAAGAGUACGAAGGGACCACAACUACAACUACAGUAACCCCACCACCAGCUCGCAACUACACAAAGAUCGAAUGGGAGGAACGACGCGCGCCGAAGAGUCAAUCGGAGACGUUUUCAAAGUUUGCGAUUAUUACGCAUCAUGAAGAAUGUAGCGGAAUCGGCAGGUAUUCUCGUCUUUUGGUUGUUUUUUUUUCAAAUAUCGAAUGUUUACUUGCUUCCAGAAAAGUGUUCGAGUCCGGUGGCAACGCGAUCGAUGCGACAAUAGCCGCAGAGUUCUGCAUAUCGGCCGUCCAUCCACACUCCACCGGGCCAGGGUUCGGGGCUGUUAUGCUUGUACAUUCCAGGUAAGGUUUUUGGCCUUUUUUCAAGGUAUACAGAAACUUUGAUGAAUCAUAUCUAAAGCUUGAGAUGAGGUGUGCUGAGAUACAUUUUGUUGAACAAAUAUCAGUCAAAGCCAUCAUUUUUCAGAGCAAAAAACGAAACGUUUGUGAUCGACGGAAGAGAGCGUGCUCCGAAGAACGCGAAUCAGAAUACAUUUGUGAUAAAUCCGACGAUCGCGCACAUCGGCUACUCGUCGAUGGGCGUUCCCGGCUGGAUCUCGACCCUCUGGAGUGCUCACAAACAGUUCGGAAGCGGACGAAUUCCGUGGAAGCAGCUGAUCGAGCCGACUUUGGCGCGCUUCCAGAACGGCGGCGUCAGAGUGGAUCGGCAGUUGGCACAGGCGUUCGAGGCGCGGAAGAAUCAGAUUCUGCACGAGAAGAGCUUUGCGAAUUGGCUGAACACGAGUACGGCCCGGGAAGGAGCGAUGCUUCGAAAUGAAGAGUACGAGCAGUUUUUGGGCAGAUUGAAAGAGUCGGUGCACGCGGAGCACGACUUUUACGGAGGCGAAUUCUCGAAGAGCAUUGUGGAAGAGAUGAAGAGUCGGGGAGGACUGAUGUCGCGACACGAUCUGGAGGCCUACAAGAGCACUGUGAGCAAGGCGGAGAGUCUGAGGAUUGGCGAAUGGUCACUCGAAGGUCCACCGCUACCCUACCACUUUCCGAUCCUUGAGAAAGUGCUCAAAAAUAUCACGGAAUCGUUCGACACGAAUCCAAAAGAUGCGCUCGAGUACUAUGUGAACUUUGUGCAACUUCUGCAGCAGGCGAAUCAGAUGAAGGCGCUCGUCGGCGACGAUCUUUUCGAUGUGACGUCGAGGCAGAAGAUCGAAGAAUGGAAGAAACAGGCGGAUACGUUGAAGCCAGAAGAACAGAAGAGGAGCCAAGUGCCGUUCUCACGGAUCCAGGCGCUCGACGAAUCGGGCAACGCGGUCAACUUCAUGUCCACCAAUUCGGUUCCGUGGGGAUCGGUGCGACGCAGUCCGACAAUGGGAUUCGUGUGGAAUAACGCGAUGAGCGCGUUCGACGUCUUCUGCCGCCACGACGUCAACUGUGUUCAGGGCGGGAAGCGACCGAGUGUCACCAACGGAUUCCCGUCGAUCCUUGUCAACUCACAGCGCCAACUUUUGAUAUCACCGACCUCGAAUGCACUGGAGACGACCGCCGCGUUGGUUGCUCAGAGUACACUUAUGAAAAUGGUAAGUCGAAGUGGUCCGUCGCUCAAUCAUCUCAUCAUCGACAACCUUCAGACCCCCUCCGAAUCGCUCGAUCAUCCCCGAAUCCUUCCACAAUCCGCCGAUCAGGUACUCGUGGAACCCGGCGUCCCACCCGAUCUCUACCGAACUCUCUGGACGCAUUUUCGUGCUCAAUUCACCCAUCCGGCUGCUCCGAUCUCGCUGAUUGAGUCUCGAAGUGGAAGUAUGGAAGCGCUGUGCGAUUUCCGAACAAGAAAUUGUUAUCCGAGUGGUACUUGA